UCGAGUUGUGUGCCAAACGCUCGGCACCUGUCGCCCCACACGUGUUGCGUUCCACUUGCGCUGCGCGUCCCCGUCGCACUCACCCGCGUACACCGCGGCGUAUGCGUUACGUUACGUGUCCUGUUGUACGGUGCGGCAAAGCCAGAUAAUAUCCGAUUAUUGUAGUUAUGUGAGCCGGAGAGUGGAGUGCCCAGAGCCAGUACUACUUCAAGCACCAGCAGUGAUUUAACUCAUACUAAAGUGUGGAAAAAGUGCGGAAAAAGUGCGAACUUGCGGGCCAUAAGAAUGAUAAAUUGCUUGCCCUGUUUUGCUAGAAGGCGAAACACCAUCAAUGUGAGUGCUGCGGACUGUGUGCUCUUCCACUAGAGCUCCGUGCCGCUCGGGGGCAAUGAAAUCGCGGAAGCUGCCAAAGGGCUUCGUGCUUUGUGGCCUCAACUGUUUGACCUUCGUCUACUUCCCGCUCGUCCUGCCCAUCCUGCGAUGCUCGGCCGGAGCAGCAGCCGGGGCCUCCGGAGGGUCAGGGGGCUCCAAGACCGCCGACGACUUCGACUUCCGGAUGCAGCGGGUGCGGAAUGUCCUGAAGGAAGUGCCCCUAAUCGACGGACACAACGAUCUGCCGUGGAAUAUCCGCAAGUUCCUGAAGAACCAGCUGAAGGACUUUCACUUUGGCGGCGACCUGCGCGAGCUGGCUCCCUGGUCCUCGAGUGCCUGGAGUCACACGGAUCUGCGCCGCCUCAAGGAGGGCAUGGUCUCCGCCCAGUUCUGGUCCGCCUACGCCCCCUGCUCGUCCCAGCAUCUGGAUGCAGUGCAGCUGACGCUGGAGCAGAUCGACCUGAUCCGGCGACUGGUGCAGCUGUAUCCGCAUCACAUGGCGCUGGUCACGACGGCGUCGGGGAUCGAACAGACCCAUCGGACUGGCAAAAUCGCCAGUCUCAUUGGCGUGGAGGGCGGACAUGCCAUCGGCACCAGCCUGAGUGUCCUGCGAAUGUUCUACCAACUGGGCGCCAGAUACCUGACUCUCACACACACCUGCAAUACACCUUGGGCGGACUGCUGCAAAGUUGACGAACCUGGGAAGUACCCGCACAUAGGCGGCCUCUCGCAGUUCGGCAAGCUGGUGGUCAAGGAGAUGAACCGACUGGGCAUGAUUGUUGAUCUGUCGCACGUCUCGGUGCCCACGAUGCUGGACGCCCUGGCCGCCUCGAGGGCCCCGCUAAUAUUCUCGCACUCCUCGGCGCACGCCAUCUGCAACAGCUCCCGCAACGUUCCCGACCACGUCCUGCAGCGCAUUGCAAUCAACGGCGGUCUGGUCAUGGUGGCCUUCUAUCCGCAUUUCGUCAGCUGCUCCGGACAGGCGACAUUGCACGAUGUUGUGGCGCAUAUCAACCACAUAAGGGAGGUGGCCGGCAUCGAUCAUGUUGGCAUUGGAGCUGGCUACGACGGAGUCAACUUAGUGCCCAAAGGACUGGAGGAUGUGUCCAAAUAUCCGCAUCUUUUUGCUGCCCUGCUCGAGUCUGAUAAAUGGUCGGAGGAGGAUAUUGCCAAGUUGGCUGGCAGGAAUCUAAUACGUGUAUUCAAGGAAGUCGAAGCGGUGCGCGAUCAGAUGGAACUGCUGCGAGUGGCACCCAUCGAUCAGUCAAUUCCAGCCGAAGACAUUAUGGGCCGAUCCUAUUGUCGUUAUCAAGGACCAAGAACGUGAUAAUUUCUCCAUUUGUAAGGCUCACCCAUGCGCACACAGCGUCCCAUUCAUCGCAGCCCCGAGGCGAAAAUGGCAAAAAAUUAUGUCAAGCGUACGUGUUGUAAAGUGAAACUUGUUUUAGGUUAAUUGACAAAGUUUUCCUCCUCUCUGCCGCUGCCGUUGCUGUUUUUGUUAUUGUUUCUGUGUGGCAUGAUGCUGCACAAACGCAGGCUUGCCACACGCGUUUGCAAAAAAAGCGCCGACAUUUUGCAAUCGCUCAGAGUCGAGCAGCUGGCCAACUGCUGUUGCUGCACUGGGAAAAAUGUAAUCAAAAACGAUUAAAAAUCUCUUAAAAAUUAGUUUGAUUUUUGUUUAAUAUAUAUAGGUUUAGAUAGGUCGUAGUAACAUUUCCUAUAUAAUUUAUUGUUAAUUUAACUUAUAUUUACUUAUAACCAACCAUCAAAAUUUAACACAUAUUGUUGUAUAGAAUAUUUUUUCUAAACAUCUUCACUUUUGUUUUAAGAAACUUAAAGGACUUGCAUUACAAUUUGUUAAAUAUUAUAUUUCAGUCAUAUUUACUAAGAAUUUGAAUUAAAAAAGCAUUUAAGCUUAAGACGCACCGAUUUCUUUAGCUGUUAUUUUAAAUAUUCUGUUUGCAUUCCAUGUUUAUUUUUCUGUCAGAAAGUUAAGUAAAAGUAUAUCAAUAAUUUUUGUUUUAUAUACCAGCAUUUUCCUCAGUGCGUGCAACUUUGUGCACAGCUGGGCACUGCCCGUAAACAAAUACAAAGUGGCAAGAGGAGGCUGCCACCACCAACAAACGCCCCCAAGAACCUCGAACCAGAACCCUCCUCCAUCCGCAUCCCCUUUCCCGAACUGGCCAACACUGUGUAAAUAUCAUUGCCAUGUUUAUUUUUAUCUCUAGCUCUAGCUCUAAGUCAGGCAAAAAAGAAAGCAGAACAGGAAGAUUAGGAAUGCGAAGCAGAAAAAACCAAAGCACACAAAAGCUAGAGAAAGUAAAGCCUAUAAUAGCAAAAGUAAAGCACAUUUAGCCUGAAAUUAAUAAACCGAAAGCAAAGUGGAAGCGAAUUCGAAGCAAAGCCGAGGCUAAUCACAAAAGUCAAGCUCAAUGUUAGCACAGAGGGAAAAUCUAAUUUUUCAUCGUGUAUUUUUUCUAUGAAAAAGUUAUUGAAGUUUACAAAGAAUAUAGCUAAUAGUUAAUGAAAUAAACGUUAAAUUCAGACGAACAUGCGAUUUUUGCUGGGCUUUUUUUCGGAUCAGAUAGCCAAUGCAGUUGGUUAAACUGAAUUCAUUAGCCCGAACGCACAGCAAAACGAUUUAAUUAUAAUACAUUAUGCGUUUAAAGAGUUUUUAAUUUCGUUAUUAACCUAAAUGAAAUUCCCAUUUAAUUAGUUAAUUAACAUUAAACAUUUAAUUAGCCAAGGUUUAAUGCGAAAUCGAGGAGAACCGAAAAAAAGGAUGUAAUUCAAUGCACGAGUUGAAUGUAACCACAUUUUUUGCAUCAUUUGUAAGGCUUAAAUACCAAUCUUUUAAUCAAUAUUCAAGUAAAGCGUUGCGAAAUGGUAACCAAACUGUAUAAUUAAUAGAUCCAUACAAAAUUCAACCCGCCAAAAUUGCAAAUAAGUUCACGAGCAAACCAAUUAAGCGAGAAAUAAUAUUAAAUAACAAUUGUAUAGAGAGCAAUGGGAAAACUGUAAGCCAUUUAACUCAUAUACCUACGCGUACUCACCUAUAUCACACACUCAUGUAUAGAUAUGUACAUUCAAAUAUUUUGUUUUAAUUUGGUCAUCAAACUUGCAAAGUUGGCCACCAACUUUUUGCAGCUCAACCUACAAAUUAAAUUAAACUGUUUUGUUUAGAGAAAAACGUUGAAAAAAUAGAUCCAAAUCCAGAACAUAUUUAAUGAUUAAACGGGAGGCGAACAAAACAAAAGGCAAAGAAUAACACAUGUGAUCAAAACUAAAGUUAAAUUGCAGAUCUAUAUUAUUACUACUUAUAUAUAACUAUAAUUAUUUAAUGUUUAACAACAACAAAAACUGACAAAAAACGAAAAUACAAAGAGAUUCAACCAUUUUUACUGCUGAUGGAAAUUGAGAACAGAACUACAAUUUAUCGAUUACAAUUAGCCUAUAAUAAAGUGGAAAACCCAACUGUAACCGUAUAGGAAAAUACUUGAAAAGUGCUGACAGCAUUUUAACACCCUGUAAAUAUCUGUAUGGAUAAUGAUCAAAUAGAAAUAAUAAUUGUAUGGAAAGUAUGUCAAGUUGUGAAUUGGAAAUAACCAAAAACAAACAGAGAAUAAAUAAAUUAAUUCAUAUGUGUAAAUUGGAAGAUGUCGUAAGUGGCCAGCGGAAAAAUACCAAAACGGAAUAUAAAUAAAUUCAUAAAAAUUAUAAAACUAA